CCGUCCUCAACCAAUCAGCGCCCGAGCUCGCAGCGCUGGGGCGGAGCCAAGCGAGAGCGCGGGCGAUGGAGCGGACGCUCAGUCUGGAGCAGCGAACGGAGCGGCUGGUGCAAAGGAGGUGGGAGAGCAGCCCGGCCUCGAGUGCCCCUCGAGAUCCCCAAGCCCUGCUCAGCACCCGCCCCCGCGGGCCACAAAGGGCGAAGCCUCCGUUUGGCUCCGCCCCCUCCAGAUCCACCCUCGGCGAUCCCCUCGUCCAGUGGCGCUUGAGGCGGUGCCAAAGGGAGGAGCCGGCGCUGGACGCGCCCUCGGCGGGGAGGGCCCUGCCGGGCUCUGCCGCUCCCCAGGGCGCCCUGCAGGGGGUGCCACGGGGGAGGUCACAUGACCCCCCCGGGGCCGUGCAGGGGGCCGUGCCCUGGGGGCCACGUGAUCCCCCCGGGGGUCACUGGCCAAUCAGGAGGCACCUCUGCAAGCCCCUGCGCCAGGGGGCGCCUUCAGCGCAGGCCGGCUCCCAGGAGCCCUUGCGGCGGGAGCCCUGCUGGAGGCCGCCCGGCUCCCGCGGGGCCCUCUGGGCAACGGGGAGCGGCCCUCUGGGUGCUCGGCAGGGGGCGCUGUACUCACAGGCACGUGACUCCCGCGAGGCCCUGUCGCCAGUCAGCCGCAGCUGCUGGGCAUCUCUGCACCAGGGGGCGCCACCCUGUGGGAAGCGAGAGUCCCAUGAGCCUUUGCGGCAGGAGCCAUGUUGGGGGUCACCUGACUGCCUCGAGGCUCUGCGGUGUGCGCCACCUUUGCGGCCACGUGACUCCCAGGAUGCCCUGCGGCCCGCAAGGGAGGCGCUUCCCGAGCCCCUGCGCCGGGGGGGGCCGGGCUUGAGGUCACGUGAGCCCCGUGAGGCGCCGCAGCCAAUCAGGAGCAGUGCCCGUGAUGCCCUGCAGGGGGCGCCGCUGCAGCAGCCGCUGGGGCCAUCGAGACCCUCCUGGAACCCCCACCAGGGCGCCCCCAACCCAUGGGCUGCAGGGGAAUCUCUGCUCUGGCACCUGCAGCACCUCCUCACCUGGGGAUCUGCUCGGGGAGGAGAGACAACAGCAGUGAAAGGGACUUGGCACCAAAGGAGGCAUCAGCAGAGCAAGAAACAUUUCCCAAGCUCUAGCUGGUGUCAGGUGAACUCAGACGGGAGAUCAGACUCUACGCUAUUUAGAACUCCCAAUCCCGUUCCCAGGAUGCCAGUCACAUCCAUCCUGGUUCACAUGGAUGAAGUGAGAACUCAUGUACACAACCAUCCCACAUAAGAAGUUUUCAGGAAUGGUGAGCAAGCUGGUUGGAUUGUGGAAACAUUAUCCUGCAUUAACAGCUUAACUCAUCUGAGAGACCAUGUUGGGUUAAAUAACACUUGCUGUUGACCUGUAUAUUUUAUUAAGGACCAAUGUUAUAGAUGUGAGGAGACAGUUUGAUAGAAGGUGGAGUUGUUGGAGGCUGAGUGUUUUCUUCAACAACAAUUUAGAAUUGAAGGCCCAAGAUCGAUCGAGAGUUGGGGUCUGUCCAGAGACACAUUACAAGUGUUGGAUGGAGUAUUCUAAAUGAGUGUGCCAGCACUCAUGCUUAAAAGAGCAGAUAUAUAUGCUGUUUUUCCCUUUGGCAUAAUUUACACCACCUUUUCCUUCAACAUAGUUUAUAACAAUGUGUAAGACUGUUGUCAUGCACUUGGUGUUAUUUUGAACUUGGCGUCCUGUCAAGAUGAUGUCUCCUUUAAUUCCGUUUAGAGAUGGGAUGUUGAUUUUCAGUCUCGUGUAUGAUGGUCCACUCCUGCUUGUAGAAGGUGAUGUUGUUGUGCAGUGCCACUGUAGAUAAAUUUAGGCCAGGUGUAGGCAUGUCAAAAAGCAGAUACUCCUCUAUCCAUGGCCACCCUGUCGUACACAAAUCCCACUAUUUGGGUUCUACAAUUAAAAAAAUCAAAUUAUGGUUCUACACCCGAUUUUCCCUGUGAGCAAGAUGUGAAGCAUAGGUUGUGUAAAAGUGAAAUUGUACCAACAAUCUGAUUCUGAUUUCUGGUAAUAGGAUUUCUUGUUACUUGGUCUAGUAAAAUCGAUAUGGUAUAUUUUAAUUUCAGUGGGUUUUUCAUGAGAAGACCCAUGGAUUGCUCUGCACCCUAUUUUUAUUCCUUCCCUGGGCAUUGCCUGGAGUGCCAGUAUUUCAGAAAUGUCAUGGGUGUUAUGUGUGAUCUUGAUCCUACAUCAUCAAUUUUCUCCCAUUCCCAUUCAUUAUUGAGAUAUAAUUCAGCUUUAUGUACAACCACAACAACAAGAUUCAAAUUGUCCUUACCUUUGGGUGGAAUCUCAACACUUGUGGUGUACUUAACAUAAGCUUGGGAGCAUGGUCAUUUUGCACCUUUCUUAUGAGUUGGGGGGAAUUGCAUUGUCAGGGCAUAGAAUAAUAUUAUAAAUCCAACCUGUUGACUUGCCAUCCUCAAAAUUUAUAUCUCCAGAUAAGGAUGCAUAGCAAAAAUAGUAUCACAGCUAAAACCAAUGACAGUAUUCCUUGUAUACAUUCAAGGUUGGUGUAGCCUAAUCCAUCCAUCCAGGUGCAGUUCAUUCAGCAUUCCUUUGAAACAGAAACGUAAGGAAAUACGCUUGUUUGAAAAUGCAACUGGCAGUGUUAAUUAAUAAAAAAGUUUUGAGAUUCAGGUGGAAUCUCUACUACUU